AACUCUUUGUCCUUCUCCAGGUUCCUCCUAUGCUUUUUACAUCACUUCCUGUUCUACCACAGGCAUCACAGAGACUCAAUGCUAAUCCCAUUUGUCUAUAAACUCUCCUUGGCAAUGUCUCCCGGGUCAUGGAAUUGUUCUCACAAUUCCACUGUACAGAAAGGUGGUUGCCUUGGCUGUGGCUUCCAGCCUUGAUAGUGCCGCAGUCUCUAUGGCAACAGUGCCCUCCUUCCUCUUGGCUUUCUCUUUGUGGUUCUUACCCCUCCAAACUGUGGCUGGUUGCUUCCAAUGUGACCACCGGUUCUUGGACUCUGUGGGAAAGCUGCUGAAAGACAUUCUUCCAGAAGACUUGCCUGACCGUGACGCCCUCAUAGAACGGCACGUCCAGGCCCUGGCUGAUCUGCACGGCACCUUCCUUCGAAAGAAAUAUGAGCGCGUGUUGGAUGUCCAUAUAGUGAUGUCCCUCAAAUCGGAUAUUCUCAGCUACUUGCAAGAAAUCAAGAAAAAUCACACGUGGAAAGGGGUCUUCCUUUGGCAGCUCUCUAUGUAUCACCUCAGGGCCGGCCUCCGGAAACGCAUGCAGAUGACACUGGAGAAAUUCGCCGAUCUCGCUUGUUCGGAGGACUGCACCGUGACUGAAGGCCCUGUUUUAGAUUGCUGGACCUGCCUUCGCAUUGUUGCCCAAUGUUUUGAUGGAGAGCUCUGUGGAGUGGAAGACAGACGGCUUGCAGAAUACAACGAAGUGGUUCUUUAUGUGUUCCUGGUUUGCGAGUCUGUGGUGCUGACCUCAAUUGUGCUUAUAUACUUGGUGUGUUUCAAGCACAAGAAGCAAAUGUUGGAGAAAGUAAUGGCUCAGUAGCUACAUUUAUCCCUGGAGGACUACUCUUCAACCCCAUCCCCUCUUCCAUGCCUCCUGGAGUUCCUGCUGCUUAGAACAAAUUGAACUUGUAUGGGCUGUGGAGAACAUUUCUGAGAUAACAUAUCCUACUGCUAAUGCUGACUACAUAAAGAA